UCAUCUGACGUGUUUUGCGCAUUUCCUGAACUGGCGCUUGAGCGUAGGGAGGGAGAGAGUGAGUGAGUGAGAGAGAGAGAGGGGGAGAAAGAGAGAGAGAGAGAGAGGGCGAACAGGGAGGAAGGCUGCAGCGCAAAAGACUACAUGAGCGUGUAGCUCAAAUGCUUUCGCCUUCUCAAAUCAACAAAGAAAAGAAGCAGCUGAAUAUCUCGGCGAGUGGAUGGCAGUAGUCUCCGAGCGGUUCGUCAGCAGACUGGGAGAAGGAGGAAUCCCAAACGCCUCUCCCACUCAACGCAUAUUGGAAAACGAAUAGUACAAGACAACCCCAUCUGAAGACCAUCACAUUUGGGAUAUUUUCCUCUAUAUUACUGCCGCUAUUUCGCCUCCUGGACUCGUUUCUGUACUCAGCGCUAUUCCAGACGUAGGGAAUUCGAUUGUUUACGUAUGCUUUCCCAUUACGAGGAAAGACGGGUCGUAAACAAAAACAGGAGCCUCUGGGUUUGCAUAUCGCGUUUUUGCAUCCUAUUUGAUUGUUCUGCUCAAAUGAGAGAAUCAGGUUGAUCCGUGUAGUGGUUUGAGGGAUUAAAUCAGCACAGCAUCCAUCUAUAUGUGCAUACUGAUGACGUGAUGACAUCUAUGAGUAUAGCGACCCCCUGAAUCAAAACCUGAAAACGUCUGUUCUUGCAAAGAAGCCAGCUGCAUCUCACUUGAGCGUCAUCAUGGUGGUUUUUAAUGGAGUGUUGAAGAUCAAAGUUUGCGAGGCGCUGGACCUGAAGCCCACUCCAUGGUCGCUCCGGCAUGCUGUUGGACCGAAGACCCAGACCUUCCUGCUGGACACGUACAUUGCCCUCAACGUGGACGAUUCACGUGUGGGCCAAACUUCUACCAAGCAAAAGACAAAUAGUCCAGCUUGGAAUGAUGAGUUUGUAACAGAGGUUUAUGAUGGGAAGAAAAUUGAACUGUCCGUCUUUCACGACGCACCAAUUGGCUAUGAUGACUUUGUGGCCAACUGCACUAUACAGUUUGAGGACCUGCUGCAGAAUGGCAGUAGGCACUUUGAAGAUUGGAUCGACUUGGAGCCUGAGGGCAAAGUGUACGUCAUCAUCGAUCUGUCUGGAUCCUCCAGUGAAGCUGCAUCAUCCAAUGAAAAUGAGGAGAGAGUGUUCCGUGAGCGGAUGCGUCCACGGAAACGGCAGGGGGCGGUUCGGAGGCGUGUCCAUCAGGUUAAUGGACACAAGUUCAUGGCCACCUACCUGAGACAGCCCACCUACUGCUCCCACUGCCGAGAUUUCAUCUGGGGUGUGUUGGGGAAACAGGGGUAUCAGUGUCAGGUGUGUACCUGCGUGGUCCAUAAGAGAUGCCAUGAGCUCAUUAUAACAAAAUGUGCUGGCUUGAAGAAACAGGAAGACACUCCUGAAGAGGUUGGCUCCCAGCGCUUCAGUGUAAACAUUCCACACAUGUUCAGCAUUCACAAUUACAAAGUCCCCACCUUCUGCGACCACUGCGGCUCCUUACUUUGGGGACUGAUGCGGCAAGGCCUGCAGUGCAAAGCCUGUAAAAUGAAUGUCCAUCGGCGUUGUGAAAGUAAUGUAGCUCCUAGCUGUGGUGUCGAUGCCAGAAAAAUUGCUAAAGUGCUUUCUGAUCUCGGGGUGACACCAGACAAAAUCUCCAACAGUACCCAACGCAGGAAAAAGUUGACUCCAGGGCAGGACCCUCAGCAAACCACAACAGAAGCCCCCUCAUCAGAGGAGUCUGACCGAUGCAAAUCAGCUCCAGCUUCACCCUGCGACCAGGAGCUUGCAGAACUGGAGAGUAUCCGCAAGGCCCUGUCAUUUGGCCAGGAGCACAAGUCUUCCUCCUCUUCCUCGUGCAGCGCCGUUCAGAGCACAGCGACCGAGGGCCGGGAGAAUGGAGAUCUCAAGACCGUACAGACGAAGAGGAUGAGUCUCACGGACUUCUUGUUCAUCAAAGUGCUGGGCAAAGGCAGCUUCGGCAAAGUGAUGCUGGCUGAGCUGAAAGGCACAGAUGAAGUUUACGCUGUGAAAGUUCUGAAAAAAGACGUCAUCCUUCAAGAUGAUGAUGUGGACUGCACUUUGACAGAGAAACGCAUUCUGGCCCUGGCUAGAAAACAUCCCUAUCUGACUCAGCUUUUCUGCUGCUUCCAGACGAAGGAUCGGUUGUUCUUUGUUAUGGAGUAUGUGAACGGAGGAGACCUGAUGUUUCAGAUCCAGCGCUCACGAAAGUUUGAUGAAGCCCGUUCCCGUUUCUACGCAGCUGAGGUCACAUCAGCACUUAUGUUCCUGCACCAACACGGCGUCAUCUACAGAGAUCUAAAGCUGGAUAACAUUCUUUUGGACGCUGAAGGCCACUGUAAACUGGCUGACUUUGGCAUGUGCAAAGAGGGCAUUCUGAACGGGGUCACGACCACUACCUUCUGCGGGACACCUGACUACAUCGCACCUGAGAUCCUGCAGGAGUUGGAGUACGGCCCAUCGGUGGAUUGGUGGGCUCUGGGUGUGCUCAUGUACGAAAUGAUGGCCGGUCAGCCUCCGUUUGAAGCUGACAAUGAGGACGACCUUUUUGAGUCCAUCCUCCACGAUGACGUGCUUUACCCCGUGUGGCUCAGUAAAGAAGCCGUCAGCAUUCUGAAAUCUUUCAUGACAAAGAACCCCAGUAAGCGUCUGGGCUGUGUGGUGACCCAGGGGCUGGAGGAAGCCAUCAAAGUCCAUCCUUUCUUCAGAGAGAUCGACUGGGUCCUGCUGGAGCAGAGGAGGGUCAAGCCCCCCUUUAAACCUCGCAUUAAAACCAAGCGCGAUGUGAAUAACUUCGACCAGGACUUCACUCGCGAGGACCCCGUGCUCACGCCAGUAGACGAGGCAAUCAUCAAGCAAAUCAACCAGGAUGAAUUCAAGGGCUUCUCAUACUUCGGAGAGGAAGCUUUGUCUUAAAGCCCAACCCUUCAUCUGUCAGCUCAAAUAUAUGCUAAACACACCCACAAACACUCAAAAAUCCACAUCGCAUCGCAAUACAUGAACACACACUCCACAGAUGCGCUGAAGAUGGGGCUCAAACCAGACGAGAGCAGAACGGCCAGUCCCUGUGGUUCACUUCCCCUUUACUGCUGUUUUUGCUCUUUUAUUCUUCUCUAUGUCUCCAAAAAAGAAAAAAAAAGUACUGCGUAUGGAUCUCGUCCCAGGCCUCAACGAGUCUGACAACCAAUCAUAAAACGAAUGUUCUCCAGAGCCCAAGAAGGAAGGGUUGGAACGCACUACCUUAAACCAAAAUUGACGAUACCAAUGAUUGUACUACCAUUUCGGACACUUGUUGGGUUUUCGAAAUCCCCUGAUGGAAAGGUUGUGCCCUUGAGGAAGAAUUUACCCUGCAUACGUGACAAUGAGACAUUCUGUGCUGUGCAGUCAAAUGCCUUUUUGUGUAAUCAGGUGACAUUUUGGGAGCAAUUUUAUAAAAUAUACAAAGACAUUUGUAGUGUGUGUAUAUAUAUAUAUAUAUAUAUAUAUAUAUAUAUACACAUUCCAUCACAGUGUUUUCAAGGUUCAUUAGGAAUGAUAACCUGCUGUAUAUGGGUUGUGUUACGAAGUGUCGGCCUGAGUAGGUGUGUGCAUGACAUGUAUGUGUCCGUGUGCAUGUGUUUGCAUGAAUGAGAGCGAGAGGCCCUUGCCCUCCUGAAGCUCUACAGCUGUUUUCAUGUUGUUUUGCAAUGGCUUUUCAUUUGUAAAGACUGUGGUGUGUGUGUGUGUGUGUGUGUGUGUGUGUGUGUGUGUGUGUGUGUGUGUGUGUGUGUGUGUGUGUGUGCGCGUGCGCGCCGUGUCCCACCGCUAUGCAUAAGAUGGUAUAGUCGUGGGCAGACAGACCAUCACCCAUAGCUGUCCGGUCGUUUUGUACAGAACGUAACAUGUACAUAGUAUUCACUCCAAAAGCCUGUGAAAGCUUCUUAGAAUAGGCAAUUGUUUGCAUGGUCUUGCAAAUUGUGUCGUUAUUGAGUAGCAUCAGUUUAUGGAAAGAUAAACAUGUUUUUGAUAUCUAUGUGCAAUACCCUGAACACAUUUCCCCCAAUUCUUUUCUUUAUUUUUGAAUUUUUCUGUUGUUUUCUCGUGUGUUUCAUAGGUUAGAGCUUCACCAAAGGCUUUCUCGCUCUCGCUCUCAUGCUUCUCUCUGCCAUUCUCGUGUACAUAGUUUGCUGAAUAAGCUGUGGAAUGUAGUGGAAAAAUGUGUGAGCUCUUAAUUUAUUCGAUUUACAUGUAGCUAUGCUUCCUUUUUGUGUCAACAAUUCAAUCGUUUCUUUGUGUUACUUUAUUUCAGACAAUUAAGCCUUGUUACACACCUCCGUAGAGUUUUUAAACUAUUCAGUUUUGUUUUAAAAUUUUGUGAACCCCCUAUAGUUGAAUCGUUUACUUGUGCAAUGUGAAAAGCUCUAAAGUAGAGGUGAACUAAACAAAAAGGGUACAUUUCAGGCGUACUAAUUAAAACCUUCUGGAAUGUGAUGACUUUUGCUUUAGCAAUUCAAUGGCGAUUUGAAGAUGUGUUUUAUUGUUCUUUUAAAAGUGGUUGCUGACUUUAAACAUUUAUUUCUGUCUGAAGUUUUUUUUUUUUUCCUCUCGAAUUGUUCCAUUGCUUUUUUUAACCAUGUCUGUGGGUUGAUUAUGGUAGCUAGGUCAAUGUUGCCGAUUGUCUUUGAAGCCUUUUUCUCUCGCAGGCACCUUCCUGUCUGUCGCCCUCACUGUAUCAUGCCAAAUGUCUCGUUCAGCUUUAUUUUCUCCCGUUGUUUCCUUUUUAAGUGUAAAGGAAUGAACUUGAUAUAUAGGAUGCAUCCAUGGUCUGUCUUCAAAGUCAAAACAGAAUAAAUAAACUAAAAAUUACCUCUUAAAAUAAGUGCAAAGAUUUCUCUGGCUGAAUAUUGAAUAUUUGCGCAUACAGUAUUAAAAUACAUAAAUGUUUCAUGUGUAUGAUAGUGCUGUAUUACAUACAUCUGGUAUUGGACUUUAGUUUCUGUAUGGUGAAGCUUCACGUGCACAGAGGUAUUUCUUUUCUGGAUACACUAGCGUUAACUCAUUGUAAGCAUUUUACUAUGUGCCAAAUGUACUGUCAUCUAAAGGAUGUGAAUGUUUUUGUUUAACCUAUUAAACCCUAAGAUGUAUGAAAAA